AUAAUUCUCUACAGUGUUAAAUAAAAUGCAUGUAUAGCCGCUUAUACGUCAACAUCAUUGAGUAAUUCGCAUGAGUGCGGUGUCUAAGUAGCAUGAACUGAUAAAAGAGAAUAGUAAACAUACAAACGCACUCUGAUUGGCCAUACUAUUUUGUAAUCCGAUUUUUUUUUUUGUGUUUGUUCCUCUUUUACUACUUCGUAUUUUUUCCCUUUCCCCAUCACUAUAACUCGGUGUUAACAGCCAUUCACACACAAAAAUAAACGAAAUAUAACCAAAAUGACUGAAUAUCAUGCGUCUACAGCUGGUGUCCCACAAAAUGUGUUUACAUUACCAACACCCAUUGACAUUACACUGACACCUUUUUGGUCCACUGUGUUACAAAAGGACAACUUUCUCUUGCAGAAGUCUUCUUCACCGGGAAACCCCAUAUUCAAAAGUUUAUUCAGCACCAUUGCCAGCGUGUUUGAUACCAAAUUACCACCUUAUCGUAUCCUGUUCCAACGAGACGUCAACACGAUGUGCCUUCAAGUGGCUGUAGCUGAAUCAGAUAAAGCCAUAGAUGCCGCUUGGUUUUGGAUUGAAAAAAAUAUCAUGCCCGAAUUAGAUACGAUCGAUAAUCCGUUCGAAAAAGAGAAAUGGGUGGCAGAAAAAAUACACAUGAUUGUCACCGCUAUCGAAUAUGGGUCGGAUGAACUAUCGUCGGAUGAAAACGUAAGAAAUGCUUCAAGAACAUUUCGUCAGAUCUUUGAUAUACCGCAUUCAGAACGCUUUGUCAGCUACUAUUCUUGUGCUUACAAGGGCAGACAGGGAUGGUUAUACAUGAGUGAGAAUUACAUUGGAUUCCAUUCAUUUUUACUUGGCGCAGAGACAAAGAUAUUGAUUGAAUUAAAGGACAUUCAAGAGUUGAAAAAGGAAAAGUCAAAGGGUAUAUUUGAUGAUAGUUUAAGGAUUAUUACCAAGGAUAAAGAAGAGUACCCGCUUUCCAACAUGUUUAAAAGAGACGAAGUAUAUGACUUGUUAAUCCAACUCACCGGUCAAGCGAUGCAAAAAUGGCUGAAAAAUGCCGGUGGUGAAGCACCUGGUCAAUCCAACGAUGCCGACUUUAUAGCCUCCGAAAUCAUUCAUCAACGUAGCUUACAAGAGACUUCGAAAAUCACUGACUCACGUUCUCAUCAUCAACUUGUGAGUCCUCUAAAACACGACUUGGCUGCUCGGAAGCGAGACCAAGCUUAUCACGCUCGAUUUAGACUACCCGCCACCGAAAACUUGAUCAAAGGCAUGGACGCUACUUAUUCCAAAGACGCUUGUCCAGAUCGUGAUAAUAAAUUUUAUCCACAAGUGCCUCCAGGUCAAGUCAAUUUACUCGGAAGAGUGUAUUUGUCCCAGAAUUUUUUAGCUUUUGAGUCUCAAGAAAGAUUACCAGCACCCCAACAACAUUUACCCGUUUGUAAAGCAGUGCUUCCAUUAUAUACCAUCAAGCGCGUAGAGAGAAUGAACAGUGGCGCUUAUACAUCCGGUGUUGUUGUAACAACAUGUCACAAAAUGGAACACGAAUUCUUGUUACACGUAAGUAUGUGUGUGUGUGUGUGUGUGUGUAUGUGUGUGUGUGUGUGCUCACAUCCUCAAUUUUUUAACAUAUUCCUCAGGCUGAAAAAAUCGACGGCGAUCAGUUCUGUGAAACUUUAAAAAGCUUGUUACUAAAACAAGUACCUACCUUUAAAAGAGUCAAACCAUUUAUGGCAACUUGCGAAUCGGAACAGUUAUUUAAAACGGAUAGUCUUGUAGACACCAAAAUCCAUGUCGGUGGGUUAGGUAUGGACUAUGGAUAUCCUGAGAAUUCAAAGCGAUCUAAAGAUAAAAGCAAGACAAAACUUUGGAAGUUAUACUUUCAAGAGAACGGUCGGAACUUGACCAUGGUAAAAUUACCCACCUUUGGAAAACUUGUUCGGGUGGGCUUACCCAACUCAUUAAGAGGUGA